UGUUAGACCCAGAGACAGAGCAGUGAAGACAAUAACGGUCGUGAAAAGGGGAAUAAAGAACGUAAUUUGACCGUUUUCAAUUAAAGGAAUUACUAUUGAUUAACAUUGAAGAAUCUGAAUUUCGCAGCUUUCAGGAAAAUAGUUGGAAGCUGGAGAGCGGUAGGAGAGCUCUCUGAGACGAGAUGGCCAUCUCUACUCAACUGGGCUUACUGCUCUGGAAAAACUUCACCUAUAGACGGAGACAGACUCUCCAGUUAAUUAUUGAGAUAAUAUGGCCGCUCCUCAUCUUCUUCAUCCUCAUAUCGGUGAGGGUACACUACCCACCCUACGAGCAACAUGAAUGUCACUUCCCAAACAAGGCCAUGCCCUCAGCGGGCACUCUGCCCUGGGUACAGGGGAUCAUCUGCAACGCCAACAACCCCUGCUUCCGCUACCCCACACCGGGCGAAACCCCAGGGACCGUGGGAAACUUCAACGACUCCAUAAUCUCCCGUCUGUUUAUCGAUGCCAAGAAAAUCCUCCUCUUCAGCCAGAAUGACAAGAGCUUUGAGGGCUACAAAGUUCUAGUGCGAGCCCUAAGGAACCUACAGACCAACACAGCAGGUUUCAAACUGAAGGACUUUCUCCGCGAUGAGGAGACUUUAUCAUCAUUCCUGCAUCGCAACGCCUCCCUGUCACACCACGCUGUCCGGCAUAUUGUGGAGGCCGAUGUCAACCUACAGAAGGUCUUGAUCGGAGGUUUUGGCGUCCAUCUUAGAGAUAUGUGCAACACCACGUCUCUGGAAGAGUUUGUGACUAUCUCCGACAAGAAUGUGUCUCGCCUCACCCAGGACAUCAUCUGCAAGGCCUCUCCUGAGUGGCUGAACAAUGCCCAAAACCACUUCCUGUCCAACCUGGACUUCCUGAAACCCAUACGGAAGGACGUGAGGUCCGACCCCGGGGUUGUCCAGGAGGUCUCCGCAGCUACCGACGGUCUGCUUGAAAGCCUAGGAGCAUUGGCUGUGGAGCUGGCCAGCAUGAAGAGUUGGAAGGACAUGCGCGACGAGAUCCAGUACCUGACGGCCAACGCCACGGGCUCCCCGAGCCACAUGUACCAGGCCGUGUCCCGCAUCGUGUGUGGUCACCCCGAAGGCGGCGGCCUGAAGAUCAAGUCCCUCAACUGGUACGAGGACAACAACUACAAGGCCCUGUUCGGGAACCACGGCGGCAACGGCAGCGACGACGAACCCGUGUCCGCCUACGACAACACCUCCACUCCGUACUGUAACAGCAUGAUGAGGAACCUGGAGUCCAGCCCAAUAUCCAGGAUGAUCUGGCGGGCUCUGAAGCCGCUCCUCAUGGGAAAGAUCCUUUACACACCAGACACCCCCGCCACCCAGAGGAUCAUCCACGAGGUGAACAAGACUUUCCAAGAGCUGGGAAUCCUGAGGGACCUGGGGGGGAUGUGGGAUGAGAUGAAGCCGAAAAUCUGGACCUUCAUAGAAAGCAGUGAGGAGAUGGACCUUGUUCGGACCCUGCUCCAGAACAACGCCAGCGCCAGCUUCUUUAACGACCGCCUGGCCGGCACCGAGUGGAAGGUGGAGGACGUGUCCCUCUUCCUGUCCAAGGCUGCGGAGGACAAGCGCCCCGCCGGCUCGGCGUACACGUGGAGAGACGUGAUCAACGAGACAGACGAGGCCAUCAAGACCAUCUCCCGCUUCAUGGAGUGUGUGAACCUGGAUAAACUGGAGCCUGUGGCCAACGAGGAGAGACUGGUCAACAAAUCCAUGGGUCUCCUAAACAACCAGAAGUUUUGGGCUGGGAUAGUGUUCCCAGACAUCUCCCGUAGCAACAGCUCUGACCUGCCGCCUAAUGUCAACUACAAGAUCCGCAUGGACAUCGACAACGUGGAGCGUACCAACAAGAUCAAGGACAGAUACUGGGACCCUGGUCCCCGGGCCGACCCGUUUGAGGACCUGCGCUACGUCUGGGGCGGGUUCUCCUACCUGCAGGACGUCAUCGAGCAGGGCAUCAUCAGGGCGGUGACGGGCACCAAGGAGAAGACGGGAGUCUACAUCCAACAGAUGCCUUACCCCUGCUAUGUAGACGACAUGUUUCUCCGCGUGAUGAGUCGCUCCAUGCCUCUCUUCAUGACCCUGGCCUGGAUGUACUCUGUGGCCCUCAUCAUCAAGGGCGUGGUCUACGAGAAGGAGGCGCGGCUCAAGGAGACCAUGAGGAUCAUGGGAUUGGACAACGGCAUCCUGUGGCUGAGCUGGUUCAUCAGCAGCCUCAUCCCCCUGCUCAUCUCCGCCGGGCUGCUGGUGGUUCUACUCAAGAUGGGGAACCUGCUUCCGUACAGCGACCCUGGCGUGGUCUUCCUGUUCCUGGCUUCGUUUGCGGUCGUGACCAUCAUGCAGUGCUUCCUCAUCAGUACCAUCUUCUCGCGUGCCAACCUGGCGGCGGCGUGUGGGGGCAUCAUCUACUUCACCCUCUACCUGCCCUACGUGCUGUGUGUUGCCUGGCACGACUACGUGGGCUACGGGGCCAAAGUUGUUGUGAGCCUGCUGUCCCCGGUUGCGUUUGGGUUCGGCUGUGAGUACUUUGCCCUGUUUGAGGAGCAGGGGGUGGGAAUCCAGUGGUCCAACCUGCUGUCCAGCCCUCUUGAGGAAGACAGCUACUCCCUCACCACCUCAAUCAGCCUCAUGCUGUUUGACGCCUUCCUCUACGGGGUCAUGACCUGGUACAUCGAGGCUGUCUUCCCUGGCCAGUAUGGAAUCCCAAGGCCCUGGUACUUUCCCUUCACUAAGUCCUACUGGUGUGGAGAGAAACAGGGAAAGAACGUACAAGAAGGAAGUGGUGGAAACGCCAAAGCUGUGUGCAUCGAGGAGGAGCCGUCUCACAUCAAACCGGGCGUUUACAUCAAGAACCUGGUGAAGGUUUACAGCCACGGCAACAAGCUAGCCGUAGACGGGUUGACCCUGGGCUUUUACGAGGGGCAGAUCACCUCCUUCCUGGGGCACAAUGGCGCCGGAAAGACCACCACCAUGUCCAUCCUGACGGGUCUGUUCCCGCCCACAUCUGGCACCGCCUACAUUAUGGGGAAGGACAUCCGGUCAGAGCUCAGCACCAUUCGACAGAACCUGGGCGUCUGUCCUCAACACAACGUUCUCUUCAGCAUGCUGACUGUGGAGGAGCACAUCUGGUUCUACGCCCGUCUGAAGGGCCUGCCUGAGGAAAAGGUGAAGGCCGAGAUGGAACAGAUUGUCAACGACAUCGGCCUACCUCACAAACGCCAGUGUCGUAGCAACACCCUCUCGGGAGGCAUGCAGAGGAAGUUGUCGGUGGCUUUGGCGUUUGUUGGCGGGUCUAAGGUUGUGAUCCUGGAUGAACCCACUGCUGGAGUCGACCCAUAUGCACGACGUGGCAUCUGGGACCUUCUUCUGAAGUAUCGCGCAGGCCGUACCAUCAUCCUGUCCACCCACCACAUGGAUGAGGCGGACAUCUUGGGAGACCGCAUCGCCAUCAUCUCCCAUGGCAAGCUGUGCUGCGUCGGCUCCUCCCUGUUCCUGAAGACUCAGCUGGGGACGGGCUACUACCUGACCCUGGUCAAGAGGGACUUCGACCUGAGCCUGAGCUCCUGUAGGAACUCCUCCAGCAGUUCUGUCUCCUACAGCAAGAAGGUGGGCCUCCUUCAGCCUCAGCCCCUCACAACCGUAAAGGAGGACAGUGUUUCUGAGAGCAGCUCGGAUGCUGGACUUGGCAGUGAACCCGAAAGCGAAACCACCACUAUCGAUGUUACCAUGAUCUCCAAUGUGAUCUUCAAGCACGUGCCAGCUGCCAGGCUUGUUGAAGACCUGGGACACGAACUCACUUAUGUUCUGCCCUAUGAAGCGGCUAAAGGUGGAGCCUUCGUGGAACUCUUCCAUGAGAUCGAUGAUCGCCUGUCAGACCUCGGCAUCUCCAGCUAUGGCAUCUCAGACACGACUCUGGAAGAGAUCUUCCUGAAAGUUGCAGAGGACAAUGGAGUGGACGUUGCUGAACUGCCUAACUCAGAUGGCACCAUCCCAGCUCGUAGGCACCGCAGACAUGCGUUUGGCGACCACCAGAGUUGUCUUAAACCUUUCACCGAGGAUGAUGGCUUCGACUUCAACGACUCAGAAGGUGACCCAGAAUCCCGUGAGACGGACUGGCUAGGAGGCUCGGAUGGUAAAGGUUCAUACCAGGUCAAAGGCUGGCGUCUAAAGAGACAGCAGUUUGUGGCAUUGAUAUGGAAACGCUUCCUGUAUGCCCGGCGAUCCAGAAAAGGUUUCUUUGCUCAGAUUGUGCUCCCUGCUGUGUUUGUCUGCAUCGCCUUGGUCUUCAGCCUCAUCGUCCCUCCGUUUGGAAAGUACCCCAGCCUUCAGCUGGAGCCUGGAAUGUAUGAAGAACAGUUCACCUUCAUCAGUAACGACGCACCUGAUGACCUACUUACUAAUAAGCUGUUGGGUGCCCUGACAAACUACGACGGCUUUGGUCCUCGCUGUGACUCAUCGAGUGAUGCUUCUUGCAACGUGGCUUACAACGACUGGGGCAUUCCAGAGGUGCCGGAGACUGUGAGGGACAUCUUUAUGAAUGGUAACUGGAGCAUGGGAAACCCCUCUCCUAUGUGUGAAUGCAGCUGCGAAGGGCGCAAGAAGAUGUUGCCCGAGUGCCCUCCUGGAGCUGGAGGUCUGCCUCCUCCGCAGGUGAAAAUCAGUGACGUAGGCACCCUGCAGAAUCUGACUGGUAGAAAUGUGUCAGAUUACCUGGUCAAAACCUAUGCUCAGAUUAUUGGGAAAAGCUUGAAGAACAAGAUAUCAGUCAAUGAAUUCAGAUAUGGUGGAUUCUCAUUGGGUGCCAGGAACACCCAGUUCCUCCCACCAAGUGAAGACAUUGACCAAGCCAUCAGUGGUAUUAGACGACGCUUCCAACUGGAGAGAGGGACUGCUGCUGACCGUUUCUUUGGCAGUUUAUCCAGCUUCAUCCAGGGACUAGACACCAAAAACAACGUCAAGAUCUGGUUCAACAACAAGGGGUGGCACAGUAUUGGAUCUUUCCUCAAUGUGAUGAACAAUGGUAUCCUGCGCGCUAGCCUGCCCGCCAACCAGAACCCUGGCAAGUUCGGCAUUAAUGCUUUCAACCACCCACUUAACCUCACCAAGGAGCAACUGUCGCAGGUCGCACUUAUGACCACCUCGGUGGAUGUGUUGGUGUCCAUCUGCGUGAUCUUCGCCAUGUCCUUCGUCCCGGCCAGCUUCGUAGUCUUCCUCAUUCAGGAGAGGGUCAACAAGGCCAAACACAUGCAGUUCAUUAGCGGUGUGCAGCCUUUGCUCUACUGGACGGCCAACUUCCUCUGGGACAUGUGUAACUACAUUGUUCCUGCUACUCUGGUCAUCAUCAUCUUCGUCUGCUUUCAACAAGACGCCUAUGUCUCCUCCACUAACCUGCCCGUCCUGGCCCUGCUACUCCUGCUCUAUGGGUGGUCCAUCACACCCCUGAUGUACCCGGCGUCGUUCUUCUUCAAGAUCCCCAGCACCGCCUACGUGGUGCUCACCUCCGUCAACAUCCUCAUCGGCAUCAACGGCAGCGUCUCCACCUUCGUCCUCGAGCUCUUCGGCAGCAACGAAAUCGGAGGGAUCAACGACAUCCUGAAGAACGUGUUCCUGAUCUUCCCUCACUUCUGUCUGGGUCGAGGCCUCAUCGACAUGGUGAAGAAUCAGGCCAUGGCCGACGCUCUGGAGAGAUUCGGUGAGAACCGGUUUCGUUCCCCUCUGGCAUGGGACAUGGUGGGCAAGAACCUGUUUGCCAUGGCUGUGCAGGGUGUGGUCUUCUUCACCAUCACGGUGCUCAUCCAAUACCGCUUCUGCUUUAAGGCCAGAUCUAUGAAAACAAACCAGAAGCCUAUCGGUGAAGAAGAUGAAGACGUGGCGAGAGAGAGGCAAAGGAUUCUGGGAGGAGGGGGACAGUCUGAUAUUUUGGAACUCAAGCAGCUGACCAAGGUGUACAACAGAAAACAGAAACCUGCAGUAGAUCGUCUUUGCGUGGGCAUUCCUCCAGGAGAAUGUUUCGGUCUGCUUGGAGUCAAUGGAGCAGGAAAGACGAGCACGUUUAAGAUGCUGACUGGAGACUCAGUAAUCACGAGCGGAGAGGCUUACCUGGCGGGAAAAAGUGUGUUGACGGAGAUGAACGAGGUGCACCAGAACAUGGGCUACUGCCCCCAGUUUGACGCCAUCAACGACCUGCUGACCGGCAGGGAACACCUGGAGUUCUACGCCAUCCUGAGAGGGGUGCCAGAAAAGGAAGUGUGCGAGGUGGCGGAGUGGGGCAUCCGUAAACUAGGCCUGGUGAAGUACGUGGACAAGGCGGCGGGGAGUUACAGCGGUGGGAACAUGAGGAAACUUUCCACGGCCAUGGCUCUUAUUGGAGGUCCAUCGGUGGUCUUCCUGGACGAGCCCACCACUGGUAUGGACCCCAAGGCCCGACGGGCUCUUUGGAACUGCAUUCUCAGUAUCGUUAAGGAGGGGCGAUCAGUGGUUCUCACUUCGCACAGCAUGGAAGAGUGCGAGGCCCUGUGUACGCGGAUGGCAAUCAUGGUCAACGGGAGGUUCCGCUGCUUGGGCAGCGUUCAGCACUUAAAGAACAGAUUCGGGGAUGGCUACACCAUCAUCCUCCGGGUGGCAGGACCAGACCCGGACCUAAGGCCAGUAAUGGAGUUCAUAGAGAGGGAACUUCCAGGCAGCACGCUGAAGGAGAAGCACAGGAACAUGCUUCAGUAUCAACUGUCCUCCGCCAAAACCACACUGGCUCGCAUCUUUAGCAUCCUGGCCAAAAACAAGGAAUGGCUGCUCAUAGAGGACUACUCAGUCUCUCAGACCACACUGGACCAAGUAUUUGUGAAUUUCGCCAAGGACCAGAGUGACGAGGACCACUUCAAAGACAUUUCGAUGCACAAGAGAGACGCUGUGGCCGUUGACAUGGGGGAGGUGGAUGUCACUCAGCUCAAGUCUUUCCUCACAGACGAAAAGGCCCGGGAGAGCUGCGUGUGAGUUCAAAGCUGCGUCUGAAAUGGAGCUCUAUUCCCUCAGUAGCACGCAACUUUUGUCCAGAGCCUUUGUCAACAAUGGCGCACUAUGUAAGGAGUAGGGGGACUUUUUGGACGAACCCGGUCUGUUCCUCUCCCAGACAGACUUCUGAGGCCCCUGUAGACGGGUCGUUCUGGAGAGAAGGGUUUUUCUACGUCUUUUAAGUGUUUCUUUUUAUUGUUAUUUCUCAGUGGACUGCCCAGCUUUUAGUGUUCUCCGCAGGGCACAGCGAGAACUAGCGGCCGAAGCGCAACACUGAAACUCAAUGCAAAUCAAUGCAAUGAUUAAACCUCACUGGGGUGUUCAACGAGGGCGAGCCUGGUGCCCCUCGCUAGAAAAGACUGAAGGACUUGGAGCCCAGACAGAGUGUGAGGAGCACACGUGUGGUCUGUGUACACUUGUCAAGGAUCAACAGCACACAAGAACAUUUCAAUCAUCUCACUCACUGCCAACCAACAGUCAUUUUGAUUCAGGGUCUGUUUUUUCUCUCUCUCUCUCUCUCUCUCUCUCGGUUACCAAGAGAAUGUUUUUUUGAAGAACUAAAAGAAGAACAAUCAAUUUCAACGAGAGUCCAAUCACAGAUGAAAGACAAAUGCAAAUACAUUAUAUUGCUAAAUUUCAUUUCAAAUCUGAAAACAAAAGUAAACAUAACGUGUUAUAUUAUAUUUUUUGAACGAUAAAUGUUUUGUCAGUGUUGUCAUGACGUCCUGCGCAGUGCCUGUCAAUCAUGGUGGAGAUAGACGUUAACACUCCAGCUUCAAAAUACCAUCGAAGACGGGCUGUAGAAUUUUCUGGAAUGAAAAAGCACAAAGACAGAAUAUUCUUCAAAACUUUGAAAGGAUGUCAGUGAUCACUUAUGUCAGAUUACUGCUUUCUUAACGAAGUAUUGUACUGUACCACAAUGAUAAAAGGGGGUCAGGCCUAUCUGUCUGUGAACUUGCAGUCUAAUAGCAACACUUGUUGUUUUUAGCUAGCAGUCAUUCUUCUGACUUUCUGUUUUUUGAAGUGUGGGGCGAGAACUACAUUGCAUGCUUUCCGAUGGCCAACAUGGUGUAGCUCUACAGUAGGCUGGUAUGCGUCCCACAGGAGUCGUCAUAGAUUUAAGCAAUGAGCUGCUGUUGAAAGACAACUUACUGAUGUUUUCCCUCUGCAGGCUUCAUGUCCUGUUUAAUUGAUGAAUAAAUAUGUAUUACUAACGUGAAGACUUGAGGGAAAUGGGGUUUUCCAUUAUUGAUGAAUCAACUUUUUUUUAUAUACAGUGUAUGUGCGUAAACAGUGAUGGGAAACAUUGAUGGUAUAUUUCUGGGUAUGUGUUGUUCAGUGAACACUGUCAUCAGUGCCAAAAUGUUGAGUUAACCUGUUGUUGAGUUUGAGGCCACCGUUUUUGGAGUUCGGCUCUCUUGAACAUUGUAGUACAAGUAGGAUGUGUAAAAGGUGAACAGUGGAAUGGACAGAAGCUAAAAAACAUGUGGCUAGACACAAAGGUUGGGUCUCACACUUUGCACCCAACCAAUCGUCAAUCUGUGUCAAUGCCAAAGUCCUCCUGGCUGAACAACUAGUGUGCAUCAACAAUGACCAAAACUCCACAUUUACACACCAAACUACUCUGGUGGGGAGGGUUUUACUGACACAUGCCUCCUCCAGCAUACCUCCCUCCAGGGUACCAACCAUCAGCCUAUCUACAUCCAGACUUAGGGCCAAAUAACCACUCAACAAAUGACCAGACAUAGAGGGACCAGCCCAAUAAAGUGCCACUGUCUGGUUAAGUAACACUGAAGUCAAUUCAGAUGGAAUAUCCGAUCAUACAAAGACCCCUGUCAUAUUUGUAAUGAUGGGGAGAGGUAGAGAACCCAGUCUCUAUAUAUGGACGCUUACUAGCACUUUAUAGCAGUUUUCAAUGUAAUAUUUACAGUACACGACUUACACUGGAAUACCUGCGGAUUUCAGAAGCUAUGCCUGAGACUACAAUGCGUUUUGUCUGUUCCGCGAAAAAAAACUAAAAAAACAUUUUUCAAGAAGUGUCUUGUACUAUUAUAAUUAUUUUACUGUGUUUCAAUAUUAUUUGUUUACAUUUUAAAUUAAAAAGCCUGUUAAUAUCUGUUACUUGUUGUGUACCGUACCUAUUUACACAAAUAAAAAUUGUUACAUUUUGAAGUUUG